AUGUCUCUCAAGAAUGGUACUGGGUUAGAUUUUGUAUCUACCCAUCCAUUUGUGAAAGCAACUCUGCAAGACAAGAUUCGUGGAGUCAUUUUUGGAUCUGCCUUGGGUGACUGUAUUGGUUUAUAUACAGGUUGGCUAUUUUCCCCCACGCGCCGUGUACAGAGGAGCUUACCAAAAUACCUAGAGUUCCUGUCUAAGAAGAUUGCCGAAGAUGCGUACCCUCAAGGUAGAUUCCAGCUAGUAGAUCCAGCUACUAAAUUCCGAAAUGAUGGCCAUAGGAGUGAGCUCUGCAUUCUCCCUUACUCUAAUCCAUUGCAAACUAUGACACUAAUGGCGAAUGGGAAAGCAUGGACGGAUGAUACAGACCAUGCUCUCUUAAUACUACUCUCAUAUCUACACCACAACGGACAGAUUCUCUCUCCCACUGACCUAGCAGAACGUCUGAAAAUUUGGAUUGACCAAGGACUAAGGGCUCUAGAUCGGCCUCCUUGUGGCAUCGGAAAAACAGUGGGUUCGAUUGUCCUCGACAAGGAAUACCUCACCAACCCAAGUCAGAAAGCACAUCAGUACUGGGUAAAAGGUGGUAGAAAUGUGGCACCGAACGGAUCUUUAAUGAGAACACAUCCUCUUGGUAUCAUAUGCCUUGCCUUUAGCUUGGAAAAAACCUUCCAGGUUGCUACCGAUUUCUCUCUGAUUACUCAUGCGGAUCCGCGAUGCAUUCUGGCAUGUUGCAUUUCCACCGGGCUGAUUCGUGGGAUAUUGAGAGGAGAAAUAUUGGAUGAAAAGGGUUUGGAUACUCUUCUAGAGGACGCCUAUACGUGGGUCGACUCAUGGGUCCGGGACGUUCGGCUGCCCAAGGAUGACGCACAAAAGGAGGCUGACAGUGACAUAUACGAGCCUGACGCUCGGGAGUUCCUUGACAGAGAAGAGUUUAACCAGCAUGCCUACGCAAAGACCUUUUCUGAUCUACUCCUUGACGCUUCAUACAAAAUCGGGUACGUGUAUAAGUGCCUGGGAACAGCAAUAUUGAGUCUUCGAAUGGGCAUGCAAAAAUCACCCCAUGGCAGUACUCCAGGAACUGGAUCACCUCCCCCUCUCACUAAUUCAGCUAUUUUCGAGAACAUUAUCACAGAGCUUACAUAUGAGGCAGGGGACGCAGAUACCAAUGCAUGUGCUGCUGGUGCACUUCUUGGGUCCUGGCUUGGGUAUAACUCUCUUCCCUCUCACUGGAGAGAUGGUAUGGAUAACAAUGACUGGCUGAUGCAAAAGUGUAACUCCCUCAUCCAGGUUAUAGGGGUUGGAUAUGACGGUGCUACACCAUAUGAUGGGAAAUUAGAUGCUGAUACCUCGCCUGAUGGGGGCAAAGGGCUAAUGAAUAAAGAAGAGCUGGAGAAAAGGGAUAGCGACAUGAUAGUUAAAUACAUGACUCGCCAUGCAGAAGGAGUUGCGGAGGAGAAAGCUCGACUAAAGGCGGAGGAAAAGCAGAAGAAAGGAUGGAAAAGUUUCUUGGGGUAA